UAACCGUUUUGUUCUUCGUUUCCAGUUGUUUUAGUUUUAGUUUAAUGUUGUAGAAGUCAGCAAUUACCAUGGUCGAGGUGUGCCAAGCAAAACCUUUCGACUAUGUUCGUUUCGUCUUCAGCAUCUGUCUUCUUAUUUUCUCUAUCGUUGUGACGUCAUAUGCAAUUUUCCGUGGAAAAACUGGAUUUUGGGAAGAGGUCCCUGGUCCUGCCGCGUUCGCGCUCUUUGUUGUGGACUUGGCCAUAUUAGGAAUAGUAGAAGGCCUACAGAUCGCUCUUGUAGAGCUGAAACGUCAGCACCCAGACUCCUAUAAGUUCAGUCAUCCACGGGCCUACCAGCUUGGCCAAGUUGCGAGUAAAAAAGACAAUGUGGAAAGGUUUUUGAUGGGAAGGCAGGUAUUCGUCGUCUUCUUAGUGUUUUUCAUCGCAAAAUUAACGACGAUUGAUCUUGGCGACGACCUCAACGACUUUCUAUUCCCCGUGCCUGCAUGGCUGUAUUACAGCCUUUUAGAGACGGGCUUCAUUACUUGUAUUCUCGUUGUAAUCGUCGCACAACUGAUGCCACAAAUUGUCGCUUCAAAGUACCCCGUUCAUUUUCUCAACUUCUGGUUGAUGAAGCCGGCGUACUGGGCCUGUAUUGCAGUGGAAUUUACCGGAAUCACACACGCAUGCUGGAUUUUGUCGUAUUUUAUGGGACUGGUGUCAGGUAUGGAGUCGGAGGAUCUCUUAUUCCAAAAAAGCAGAAAAAGCUUUGUGAUGUCAGAAUUGGAUCCAAAGCAAGGCGGAAUGUCCGAAUCUCCCCAGAAACUCAUCGUUACAACCAAAACGCACAUUCCCUCGCCAGAACACGCUCUACAAGAAGUUGAGACCAUACUGAAUGAAGCUGCAAUUGAAGAGGAUAACAGACACAUUGAACAUCACAGCGAAAAACAAUUCGAGGCUGAGAACAUGGAAAAGUUUAGCCACUUGGUGGAGGCAUUGGACAAAGGAGUGGAUCCUGACGUCAGAAAAAUUCUGCAGUUUUAUCUGAACAACCACCCGGAGAAGUUCCGUACCUUCCCGAGUGUAAUCGGAAACAAGGUCUACCCUCCACCACAAGCUCUCGCUGAGGAACUUCAAACAUCCGGUUCGGAAGUUCCCGGAUUUCUGCGAGAUAUUUCAGAUCCAGAGCACGUGCCUCCGCAUAUUGUAGCUUGCGAGCUGCUUGUCCACAUCGUGCAACUUCAGAAAGAAAUUCAGCAAUUGAAAGCAAAUCAGGCAUCUGGGUAUACUCCCAGACAGUCACCAAUUUAAUCAAAAAAGUAAAAUUAAUUGAAUUCAGGAUAAAAAUUGGUCUUCACUUUUAGAAAAAAGCAUCAAAUUUAUCAUAAAUUUUGUCAAAUAAUCAUUUAUAAUUUAUAAUUAUUA